ACUUCUCUUUCUCUGACGGAAGAGAGAGAGAGAGCGCGAGACUUUGAGCUAGAUAGCUUUAACACGAGUAGUGACUACUACUAGUAAUGAAGAUAGAUAGAUAGAAACAGGAGGCGAGAGAGAGAAAGAGAUAGAUGGGGGGAGGGUUUGUUGUUCGUUUUCUCUCUCUGAGUUUCUUCUUCCUCUUUUCGAUUUAUUAGCUCGGAUUUACUGUAAAAAUGGAUUUUUAGAUAAUCAGAUCUAUGAAUUUCAAUCUGUUUCUUAUGUUUAUGUUUUCCCCUCUCACUUUGUAAUCAUCAUUCUUUUUUGAUUUGAAGAUGAUAACUCAGCUACAAAUUUCUAUCUAUUUUCUUAUCCAAUAACCUUUUUCUUAUUUCUCUCUUUUUCAUUUUUUUUUUUUCUUUCAGAUCUAAUUUGAAAGACUAGUAGGAUAUGUAAGAUUUUUUCUUUCGUCUUUUUUUCGCUUUCCACGAAACCUUAGAUCUAGUCUCACUCAUGGAAAUUUGAAAUCGGUUGUCACGAGAUCUAGGUCAAAUGGUCCAUUUUCUUGACGAUUUUGAAAUUUUUAGCUUGUUAAUUUAUACUGGUUUUUGACAGCUAAUCAAAGUUAUUUAUGGAGUUAUGAGGGGUUAAAUCGAAUCAAUUUGUGGUUUUUCUCGAGUAGAGUGAGUCUUCAUCUCGGAAAGCAGAGAAUUUUUUUUUUUUUGUGUGUGUGUGUUUUGGGAUUGCAUAUGAAUGUUUAGUAUAUUUUUGAUUGUGGAAGAAUGAAUUACUUUCCCGAAGAGGUGUUAGAGCAUGUAUUUGAUUUCUUGACGUCACACAGAGACCGCAAUGCCGUGUCAGUGGUGUGCAAGUCAUGGUAUAGGGUGGAGAGGUUCAGCAGAGAAAAUGUAUUCGUAGGGAAUUGUUAUGCAAUCAGUCCGGAGAAAUUGAUCGAGAGGUUUCCUAGGGUUAGAUCGCUAACGUUGAAAGGAAAGCCCCAUUUUGCGGACUUCAAUUUGGUCCCGCAUGAUUGGGGAGGCUUUGUGUACCCAUGGAUUGAAGCCAUGGCCAAGAAUGGUGUCAAUCUGGAGGGCCUGCGCUUAAAGAGGAUGCUGGUUUCCGACGAGGGUCUUGACCUACUUUCUCGAUCUUUUGUAAAUUUCAAGUCUUUGGUUUUAGUUAGCUGUGAGGGGUUCACCACUGAUGGCAUCGCUGCCAUAGCUUCCAAUUGCAGGUUUCUUAGGGAGCUAGACUUGCAAGAAAAUGAAGUUGAGGAUCACAGAGGCCAGUGGCUUAGUUGCUUUCCUGAGAGUUGUACAUCACUUGUCUCCCUGAAUUUUGCAUGUCUCAAAGGAGAAGUUAAUUUGGCUGCUCUUGAGAGACUGGUGACAAGGUGUCGUAGUCUUAGAAGUUUGAGGUUAAACCACGCAGUGCCACUUGAUACUCUUCAUAAGAUUUUGGCUCAAGCACCCCAAUUGGUAGACUUAGGUACGGGGGCCUUUGUCAGUGAUCCAGAUUCAGAGACAUACCACAAACUAAAGAGUGUCAUCGAGAAGUGCAUAUCAAUUAGGAGCUUAUCAGGGUUCUUGGAGGUUGCUCCUUGCUGCUUGACUGCUAUCUACCCAAUUUGGUUGAACCUGACCUCGCUGAACUUGAGCUAUGCUCCAGGGAUUCAUGGUAGCGAGCUUACAAAGCUAAUCCGUUACUGCAGGAAACUUCAGCGCUUAUGGAUAUUGGAUUGCAUUGGAGAUAAAGGCUUAUGUGUUGUGGCUUCCACAUGUAAAGAAUUACAGGAGUUGAGGGUUUUCCCAUCUGAUCUUCAUGGGGUUGGUCAUGCUGCUGUUACUGAAGAAGGCUUGGUGGCUAUAUCUUCUGGUUGUCCGAAGCUUCAUUCGUUACUGUACUUCUGCCAGCAGAUGACAAACGCAGCCCUAAUCACUGUGGCCAAGAAUUGCCCAAAUUUUACCAGUUUUAGAUUGUGCAUCCUCAACCCCACAAAACCAGACCAUGUGACACAGCAGCCACUGGAUGAGGGUUUUGGAGCGAUUGUUCAAUCUUGCAAGGGUCUCAGACGCUUAUCACUCUCUGGCCUUCUGACAGACCAGGUAUUCCUUUAUAUCGGAAUGUAUGCCGAGCAGCUUGAAAUGCUUUCGGUCGCAUUUGCUGGAAACAGUGACAAGGGAAUGCUUUAUGUUUUGAAUGGAUGCAAGAAGCUUAAAAAGCUAGAGAUCAUGGAUAGCCCUUUUGGUGACGUGGCACUUCUGACGGACGUGGGAAAGUAUGAAACAAUGCGAUCCCUUUGGAUGUCGUCCUGUGAAGUUACACUUGAAGGGUGCAAGACACUUGCAAAGAAGAUGCCAAGCCUUAAUGUGGAGAUCAUAAAUGAAAGCGGCCAGAUAGAGGCUGCUAUCCCUGAUGAGAGACAAAAAGUAGAGAAGAUGUACCUGUAUCGGACAUUGGUUGGACCAAGGGGAGAUGCACCAGAUUUUGUGUGGACAUUGUAGAUUAUGAAUGCAUUGGCAUGACCAGACCAAUUAUUUGUUAUGAUUUAGUUGUACCUUUGUUUAGGUGAAACGCUGUAUGGAUUUUUAGUAUGAUGAUUUAGGUAUAUGUUUGGUGGUUUUAUUGAUAAGUGAGUGAUCUUCAUUUUCAUAUA